CGCCCACCCGCGUGGCCCCGCCCCGCCGCGCAGGGGGUCGGUGUCCGCCGGUGCCGCCUCGAGCUGUCCCGCAGCCCGCCGUGCCCGCUCCGCUCCCCGCCGCCAUGUACCUCUGCAGGGCCGCCUCGCAGGCGCUGGCCUCUCGCCUGAGCAGGGCUCCCUCCGCUGCGAGCCGCCUGAAGCAGCGCGCACCUCUUCGCCAGAUGUCAUCGGGGAGUGUUCCUGGCUCUUCUGGAGAGAACAUGAUUUACUAUCUCCUUGCUGGUGUUGCUGCUUUUGGUGGUUUAUUCUAUGCCUACAGAGAAGUCAGUUCAUCCCGCAGCAAGUAUAUUGAACAUAUGAAUAUUCUUCAUGAGAGAGCUGAGGGGCGGAAAGGCAAACGGUCAAGCAGGGGUGAUGAAGAUGAGACAGCUGAAGUUGCUGAAGUCGGUGAAGCAGAGACAGCCACGGAAGAGGCAGAUGCAGCAGCUGCUGCUGGACCCACAGCACAGGAGGAGAGUGCUGGGGUAUCCCCAGAAACUGGAGCGGAGAGUGACUUACCGGCUCCAGAGGCAUCCCCUGCUGUGGAGGAAGCCCAGCAGGAAGCUGCUGCGGAUUCGGAAGCUGCUGCGGAUUCGGAAGCUGCUGCGGAUUCGGAAGCUGCUGCAGUGCAAGAAACUGUGAGUGAAGUCUUGGAUGUUGCAGCUUCUUCUGUGCAUGAGGAAAACUUAGACAGUGUCAAGGAAGCAGUAGCCUCAGCAACUCCAGAGAUUUCUGACACAUCCUCAAGGACCCAGGACGUUGAUGCUGAGGUGUUGGGACAAACUUCAGAAGUUUCUGUGGAGGAGAAGCCACCUGAAGAAGAUGCUAAGGAACCCUAAAGGAGAUGGUGCCUCCUCCAACUUUAUAUGGAUGGGAAGAAGGACUAAAACUGGAUAUUUCUGUACUGGAGGUGUUCUUGCCGUUUGCUUGAACUACAGGUAAUCAAACAGGUUGUUGAAAUUGCAAUAUUUGUUUAGUGGUUUAGCUAUCUGCAAAUGUUCUCCUCUUUCCUCUUGACGUUUUACCACACUCAAAAGAUGGCUUUAGCAAACUCUGAAAUGCUAUUUGCAAUUCAUGUUCAACAGCUCCUGGAUAACAAACAAAUGGAAAGCUUCUGUGGAAUAUCAUACCUUUCUUCAUGUAGUUUGUUAAUUAUUUGUAUUAGCUUCAUGUGCAGAUUCAGUGUCUCAUAAUUACCUAAAAUUCUGGCUUGUUUAGAGAGAAAUAGUUUUCCUUAGUUUAAAUAUUCAUAACGUGUGAGCUCUGCCUGUGGCCUAGGAAAAAGUGUUAUACAUUGCUACAGUUCCUGUGCUUUGUCUCAGGAAGUUUAGCUGCCUGUACUCUGCCUUCUCAGUUCAGCAUUGACUGUAGGAUGCAAACCAAUUAAAUUACAGGAGAAAAUAAGUAGAAGAGGAGAGACAAUAAUAAGUACUAUGAUCAUAUUUCCUCUUUCUCUUUCUCUCUUGGUAAUUAAAUUAACUUCCUGAGGUCUGUGGAGAUUCAUGGAUCAGCUUCCCAUAAUUUGAUUUAAUUCUUAUUCUGGCUUCUUUCUUCCUGCAUAAGGUUAUUUUCUUUCUCAGUAGUUACUGGGAGAUGUUACUCUCCGGUGAGAGCUAAUUGAGAAUAAUUAACCCUUGAGCAACAUGCACUCACAGUAUCAAGCAGAAGAGGGCACUACAUCAAAAGCAGAACUAACAUCUAGAACAGAAAAGAAUUCCCCACCUGAAGCUGAAUGCUACGUACCUUGCCCCAUAUUUUGGGGGUGAAAACGAGGCAAAGUCUUUUUUCACACUUAUUCUAACUUAGAUUCUUUCCUCUAAAAUAUUGCAACCUAUGCCUUUAAAAAUAUAUCUAACACACAGCAACAAACUGCUACAGGCUUUUCUCCAUUAUUUCUCCAUUAAUAUAAUUCCUUCUUUCUCAAAAACAACAUCAAUUUAUUCAAGGGUGAAAUCCUGCCCCUGACAGGCAUAGCAUUGCUCUCCUGCUCUAUUCACACAACUCCUGCUUAACUAGUGGCAUUGCAACCCCUGUAAUGCUGAGGAUGAGAAGCUUCUUGGGCUUGCUUACUUUACAGGUGAAGUAACAUUCUAGUUUUAAGGAAAGAAGGGUAUGUGUUUGGUUUUUGGUUUAAGAUUUUAUUUAAUUUUCUUCUAAAUUGAAUGCCAUUAAGGAGAAACUAUAAAGGUGACAGAAUGAAUUCAGAGAAGAUUAGGAUUAGACAUGCAAUUUAAAGGACUUUACUGUAAAAUAUAAGCUGCUUUAGUAGCCUACAGCAUGAAUAAAAUCAAGUGGUAGAUAGGAACUUUAGGUAAAUUUUAGUUAAGCUGACACUAGCCCUGUGUCUUCAUAGCACAGAAACCUUGCAUUUGGGGGCAGCAAGAAGUCUGAAACUUUGUCUCAAAGCUGUUGGAUCUUGAAUUCUUCACAGCUGGAACCUUUAUCUGGUAUUUAUCACUGGCAUCAGAAUUAUGUGAAUCAUCAUAUCUAUAGACUUCAAAUUAGGUUCCAUAUCCCUGCAAAAAUAACUCCAAAAGCUGGUGAGCAUUGCUUGUGCACGCUGAGUUAAGGUGAUCCCCAGCCUGGGGCUGGGAAGGUGUCUUGCCCUCUGCAGGGCAGGAGCAGCCACAGGAGAUGGGCUGCCUGCCCCUGUGAAGUGUGAAUACCGAUAUGCUUUCCAGGACUGAUUAGUUGUUUGACCAGUACUGUGCAGUUGCAGGGAUUGAAUCCACUACUUGUCUCUCAUAUUUGUGUGCCUUUUGCACAAGUAUUAUAGGAUGUGGGGGAACAUUUGUCGCCCUUUCUGUACUCGGCAUUUGCGGUAUCGCUACCUGUAGUUGCCUGGGACUGGUACUGAAGAUCUCCCUCCAAUAUUGACAUUUUUUUUAAUUUUAGAAAUUUUCAAUAUUUUUUACUAUAAUUUUAGAGACAGUAUUCACAAAAUAGUCUGCGUGUUCUGCAAGUUGAUCCCAGGAAGCAAAAAAACCUAAUUACACCUGUAGAGUUAUUGCUACUUCACUAAUAAUGAUUUACAGAAUGGUCUGACUGACAGAAGGGUUGUGGGACCCUCACUCCCUUAUUUCCUCUGGGUCAUUUUUUGGUCAUUUCUUCUGGGUCAUACUUCUGGGUCUGAAUCAGUGUAACCUUCCCCUUUCAACUGAACAACCAAAAGCAGUAAGCUCAGCAUCUAGAAUUAGAGAGGCUGCAGUCUUUUGAGGACAAAUGUUUAAAAAGCAACGUGGACCACAGCUUUCUUAAUGCAUGAAGGGGCAGAGAAACAUUUGUUGAACUGCUGACCCCAUGUUAUUGCACAGCAGUAUCCCAGCAAUAGCAGUUUUGAAUUAACUGCAGGUCUGCCUCGUGUAGGUGAAAAGGAACACUAUUUUUUAUUAUUUAUUUUUUUAGAUGUAUUACUUAUAUAACUUGAAAAAUAAUCCAGCUGAACUGAUCCAAAUCCCUUGGUAGCCCUGCUUUUUUAUUUUAUUUGGAAGUUUAAGAUUUUUUCAGCAUAGCUUUCCAACUAGCUUAAGGUAAACCAAGAAGAACUGUUCCUAAAAGAAAUGCAGUUUUCCAUAUGAAGAGUUAAUCUAGUCGAAUUUAAAAAACCCAACCCAAAAAAAACAAUCCCAAAACAAUAAAAAAAAAAACCAGCAGCAGGGAAAGAGAUGGAGAUGCCAUUGUGAUAACCUCAAAGCAGUGCUGUUUGUGUCUGCAGAGAAGCACAGGUCUCUGCAUUUGCUGUGACUCUCUCCCGGAGAGGAGCUGCUGAACUUCCACUGAACAUGGCUGCACAGCUCUGCUCAUUAGAAGAAAAAGUGAGAACUGGAAGUGGCAUAGAUGAACUAGAUUAAGAAGUGCAGAAACAUUUGUCCUGUGGCAUCCAAACAGUAGAGAAAAACUGAAUAGACAGAUGUCUGCAUAGCCCAGGUGGCAGGAAAAGGAAUAUUACAGAAAGGACCACUUAAAGUCCAUAUUUAGAGCACCCCUAAGUGCCAUGUCACCCCAUGCCCAGUGACUCCAUGAAUGAGCUACUGAGAUCGUAGAAUCACAGAAUGGUUUGAGUUGGAAGCGACCUUAAAGAUCAUCUAGUCCCAACCCCCCUGCAUGGGCAGGAACACCUCCCACUAGACCGGGAUGCUUAAAGCCCCAUCCAACCUGGUCUUGAAUGCUUCCAGGGAAGGGGCUUCCACAACUUCCCUGGACAACCUGUUCCAGUGUCUCACCACCCUCACACUAAAGAAUUUCCUUCUAAUGUCUAACGUAAAUCUAUCCUCUUCCAGUUUUGAUCCAUUCCUCUUGUCCUCUCACUACAAGUCCUUGUAAAAAGCCCCUCCCCAGCUUUCCUGCAGCCCCUUCAGGUACUGGAAGGUGCUCUAAGGUCUCCCCAGAGCCUUCUCUUCUCCAGGCUGAACAGUCCAACUCUCUCAGCCUGUUCUUGUAGGAGGGGCACUGUGGCUCUCUGAUGGUCUUUGUGGCCCUUCUCUGGACUUCCUCCAUGAGCCCCAUGUCCUUCUUAUGUUGGGGGCUCCAGAACUGGACACACUAGAUGUACAAAGCUGCUUUGGUUUAUAUGGCUUUUGAUCAACUGACUGUGGGCCUGUGUUUUGAAAGCAGCUGUCUGCUCCUCUGUGAAAAGGAUCGUGGCAAGAGGUUUUCUCCUUUUUCUGAAUUUUUACUUGGAGCCAUGGAAAUAAGAAGAAGGAAAUAAAUAACUAAAGGAGUGAGCAUGUCAAGUCAGGACUAAUUCCAAAGCUGACAGCACUUGGGUCUGUCAGGCUGCUAAAGAACAGGUAUUGAGGGCUAAAGCUCCCACCCAGUAAGACUUAUUUCCAUUCUGUAAGAAGGCAUUUUUUGCCAGGAACCCUAGAAUAGAUUUUCCUCCCUUUUCCUAUCCUUUUCUUGACCUGCUCUUUUCGUUCAUUUACUUUAUAUCGUCAGCUGCUAUUUCUGAUCUAAGCCCAAGGCCUACAGAAUGUGAGCUCCCUUCAUCCACUGUCUAUGAGCUUUUAACUUUACACCUUUGUUGAUACUAUUUGCAUGCUGGAACAUUAAAAUAGUUACAUUAUCUAAUGUGUAAACACUGAACACUAUUCUGUAAUUUCUCGCAGCAACAUGGAUGUCAGCUAUCUUGUUAAUAAAUUAUUUUUCCCCGUGUA